AUGACUGCUGAUAGGCUGUGCCAACACCGCACCGCCCGAGGUGUGAAAAGUGACAUCUGGGAAGAGCCCGCCUGGGGGCGGCACGGCGGGGGCGGCGCUGUCGCAACGGCGCCAACGGCCAGCCGGGAAAUGUCAGCCGGGAUGGGACGCGGCGGCCUGGCGGGCUGGCCUUUGGCGGCGCUCCCUCACACUUAUGCAAAUGCUGGCGACCGGCGCGUGUCGUCAGCGUCGCCUCCGCCCGGCCCGCGGCCCGUGGUCGGUACAUCAGUCCUUCCAGGUCUGCAGAGCACAAGAGACACUCUCAGCUUCUCCACCACCACCACCACUACCACCGCCAUGUUCUUCAAGCUGGUAACCGUGCUGUGCCUGGCCGCCGCCGCCAUGGCCCUGCCCCAGAGGCCUGUCGCUGGAGGACGAGGCAAGGACGCCGUCAUUGUCUCUGCCACCAACGAUGUCAACUUUGAUGGCUCCUACCGUUACAGCUUCGAGACGUCCGACGGCCAGCGCGCUUCGCAGGAGGGCGCCCUGAAGCAGGUGUCUGCCCCCGGCCCCGACGGUGACGGCCUGGGUGAAGCCGUGCGCGGCGACUUCUCCUACACCGACGACGCCGGCAACCAGUUCGCCAUCCAGUACACCGCCGACGAGAACGGCUACGUGCCACAGGGCGCGCACCUGCCCACCCCUCCCCCAAUCCCAGAGGCCAUCCAGAAGGCGCUCGCCUACAUCGCCAGCCAGCCGCAGGCCCGGUCUUAAGCGUCGCCACACCACCUCAUGGACACCGCUCCUCUCGCUCUUCUUCUCCUCCGUCUUUUGUACAAACGCGCAACUCGUGACCAAUAAAGUUUCGUACAUUUAAAAA